UCGUUUCCUGCUAACGUACCCAAAUUCGUGAACUAUCGGCAACGCUGUCAGCGAUACCGAAACGGUAUGGGGAUCUUUAAGCCCCCAAACGUGAGGCAAAAUGGUCCAUAAAAUGCAAUGUGUGCAUAUAUGCUGAGUUUGUGCAAGUCGAGACUGUCUAUCAACUGCUCUCUUCUGUUGAUCAUAUUGUUCAAUAGUUUGAGCAUUUUACCCCAGAUGACGCUUCCAAGAAUAGUCUCACUACAGACCAGUCUUUGCAAUAUGGAAACAGCUGAUAUAAAAAUAUUUGGUUCUCCGUGUAGAAUCGUCGCGUUGAGUAUCAGUUUGUGUCUGUUUAACAUCACGUCGACGGAGAACAGUUAUACUGUCGUCAGUUUUCCAUAGUAUGUAUCGGAGCAACAGUAAUUCCCAAGGAAAUGAUUAUCCUGACUUGAAGCUCUGUAUACAAUACCCUCUCUGCUGUGUUACAUCUCACACUGCAGUGUUUGUAAAGUGUUAUAAAACAUUUUUUGCCGUGAGUGAACAAUGACAGACACGGAGAAGGCAUUUGCUUGUUCUUCAUCCGGUUGUGACAUGAGUUUCACCAAUGAGAAUCAGUUGACAGUGCAUAAGAAGAAGCAUGACAUGAUGCUAAAUUUAGGAAGCGGUUCGAAGAGUGCUGGUUUCGCAGCUGACCAAACUCCUACACCCACAAGAUUCAUCAGAAAUUGUGAAGAAGUAGGUCUCUUCCAGGAUCUGCAGAAUGUGAAUCCUUUCGAGGAAACAUUUAGGAGAGCGGUGGAGUCUGGGAACACAGGCACCCUCUCGGUAACAGAGGCUGGGAUCACAGACGAUACGCUGCACACUCCUCACAUAUUCCCUCAUAUAGCCGACGUGCUCUCUGGCAACAAUCAGAUUCUUUCUGAUGGCAGCGUUCAGGAAUGCACCAGCAGCAUUUCCAUUACAGAGAAAGGCACCGACGAGAGUACCACCGUAGACACAGAGAUCUGCACCAGCGUGAAGCUGGCAAGAACAGAGGAGCAAGAAUUGCUAAAAAAUAAAGUAGUGGGAGUCAAGAAUGGGGCACUUGUAGAAAAUAUUAUCAAUCAAGUUACUAGUACGCAAAUAAUACCGAGAGUAUUAGAGGAUCAAGUUGGUCCGCAAUUAUCGAUAAACGGCGCGGAGGUGCAACUGCUGUUAAAGACAGCCGAUGGCAAAUUGAUGCAGCUAUCGGCGGUGCCAAUUUGCGAGUCUAUUAACACCUGCGUCGCUCAGUCGUCGUUGAAACAACAAACCGUCGUAAUAAAAACGGAGCCCCCUCUGCAAUGUACCGCAAAGGCAGAGCCGAAGAAGCCUCCCUCGUUGUCUCUGGCCAAAAUGAAACUGAAACAGGUGUUAAUCAAAAGCACCGCUUCGCAAAACGAUAAACCGAGCGACGAGAGGCGGGAGUCUAGCGCCGUGAAAAAGGAAAAUCCGAAUAAACAACCGAUGGAUCAGGAGGUGAAGAAGAAGGAGAUACUCGAGCGGAAUCGCGCGAGCUCGAUGAGAGCGAGGGCGAAGAGAAAAGCGUGGAUCCACCAGCUCGAGAGAACGGUCGCCAACGUGAACGAGACCAACGUGGCUCUGCAGAUGGAAAUAAAGGUCUUGCGAGCCGAAGUAGCCAAGCUAAAGACGAUCCUGUUGGCUCAUAAGGACUGUCCGGUCACGAAGGCGAUCCAGAAAGGGAAUGGUAUGGUACUCGGUCAAAAAGUGAUACCGCUGAACUCGGAUCUGACCACGAAUUCGAACACUCCGAUGGGAGUCGCUGUAAAAAGAUCGUCGGCUUUCAACUCCUCCUCCGAAGUUCCUAUUGUCCCGAAAAAAAGGCUGUCCUUAGCACCCGCGAAGAACGCAAUCAUCUUUCCCAAAGCCGACUGCACAGCUAACAUAACGAUUCCAAGCGCCACUCUGAUCAAAACUGUACCCACCUUGAAGAUCAUGGGGGUUGGCCAGCUCCUGGCCGAGAAGGAGGAAACCAAGCAGAUCCUGAUCGUGCAAAACUCGAUCAGAAAAGUGGAGGACGCCGCUCCGAGGCAGAUCAUCCAGAUUAAUCCUAAUUACGAGAUCGAUCACGGACAGAAAACCACGGAUGCUUGAGCUCGACGCAGCAGGGGUUGUUGCGAAAACCUUGGUCGAUCGUUGAUAUUAAUUUUCUUUCAAAGGAAAAUGAAGUAAGUGCGGGGAACGUUUGUACAUAUACAAAAUUUUUUUAUUUAUUUACACAGAAAUAAAGAGAAGUAUUUUGUAUUGAAA